CUCGCAAACUGUUCACUUCCGACCCGUGGACCAAGAGAGUGGGGGAAUUUCCGAGCGUCCUCUGAACUCGUCGGCAGUAGUUGACUGGAAGGGAUGGAGCUGCGGCGCUGCUGGUGUUGUUUUCUGCGCCGUGCGUUCAUAUUAACUGUCAACCCGGCCGUGGCGACGUGAGCUCGCUCGGGACCCACUGCGAGGAAGAGAGAAAAGAGAAAGAGAGAGAGAGAGAAAAAAAAAACCCCGCCGUGAAUGGACUACCGCGCAGACGGACGCCAGUCUCAGCUUCGUCCCGUCCACUCACUGAGCAGCGCGGAAAAAAAACAACAACAACAGCUGGAAACAUUUGCCACCGAGGGAAGCGCGCGGGCAUGCCUCCUCCGCUCGGCUGCAGCGAGAGAAACGCGCGCGCUUAAUGAUUAGUAUGUAAACGAGUAGCCAAUUAACCAGUAAUUAACCAGUAAUUACAUAAGUAGCGCUCAAACCGGCCCGUGCGGCUCGCGUGUCUGCUGCUGGUCUAAAAUUAGAAGCGAGCAGAGCCAUCGGAGGACACGGUGGUAUUUAUUCACAAGGAGCUUUUUCAUUUUUCCCCAACGCACCUUGGAUUUCAGCCGUUACCACGAAGCAAGUGUGGAGCCGAGGACGAGGUCCAAACAAUUCAAGUCAGACCUGAAUCAGAGAGAGAGAUGACCCUUGUUUUGUCCAUGAAUCCUUUCCUGGACCCAGAGGGAGACCCUCCACUCUCCACAUACCAGCCCAUAUGGGAAUCGGAGCGCUGCACUAAGACCUGCCUGUCGAACCCGGCCCCACCGUGCACCUCUGAAGAACAAUUCACACAAGAAGCCCCCUGUAGACGAGUUCCUGAUCAUGUUUCAGUGUCGAGGAUCGCGUACUUCAAGAGAAAGUUUGUUGAGGAGGAUGAGGAGGCUCCCUUCAGCUUCAGGACAUAUUGCCAGACUGUUGCACCAGUUCUGGAGGAGCGAGCUCACGUGCUGCGCCUCUCCCUAGAGAAGAUGCGAUUCAUUGACGACCCUGAAGCUUUCCUCCGACGCUCUGUCCUUGUUAAUAACCUCCUUCGGCGUCUGCGAGCUGAGAUCCUGCUCCAGAGCACCGACUGGUGCUUCCCUCCCAACGCAGGGUUCGCCGCUGGCCCCUGCGUCUUGCCGCCCAGCACAAACCCUGCUCACCAAACACUCCACAGAGCAGUGCCCACUCGGCUGUGCUUGGCGCCCCAAGCUGGACCACCCUUCCGCAAGCGCUUGCGAAUGGUGCGCGGGGGACAGGGAGAUCUACGUCCUGACUGUGCUCAGACAUGCUGCUGCAUCUACGCAGCGGCGGCGGCUGCAGGACACUACCUCCACCUCCCAUUCUCCAUGUACGACGCAACACUCUCUACCUGCCCGUCCACACCACACUCCUCCCCGUUCUUUCAGCUGGCUAGUCACAGUAAGUUAGGUCUGACAGUCCCCGUACACGAUCACGAUGAUGAGGACGAAGACGCCGAGGAGGAGGAGGAGGAAAUUGAAGAAGAAGAGAGAGAGGAAGAGGAGGAGGAAGAAGAAGAAGAAGAUGAUGACGAGAGAAGACAAGCGGGGCCUUCUACGGAUGCUGAUAAGAACAAAUCAAGCCCGAAAAGUAGGACUAGGCCCUUGCUGGGUCACCCACACGCAAGGACAGAGGACAGCUCCAUGACAGAUGGGGUAGAAGAGGAGGAGGAGGGAGAGCAGGAGGAAGAAGAGGAGGAUGAGGAGGAUGAGGAGCAGGUUGUGAGACCUUGUCAGUGGGACACUACUGCUACAGAAAGAGAGCUCCACAAAUUUAGCUUUUGGCACCGCAGGGCUCAUAGACAAUAACCAGGCUUUUUGAGAAAUUACUACAUUCUACAUCUGUUAGAAUGAAAUGUAAUGACGAUGACAACUGUCAUCAGCUGAAGAUUAUUUCUUCUCAUAGCAGAUUAAGGCGUAAGCUACCUACACUAUAGUAAUGCCAAGUCAGCUUUAUUUUCAUGCUCUAACAUACCCCAGGGUGUUAUACAGACACAACUCUUCUACUAGCAUUACAGUCAGAUGAAGAAAAGCAGUCUCUUCUUGGCCUUUGUUGGCACUGGACACAUUUCUCAAACAAUUAUAAAGACCAAGGUCACUUACGGAUCUUAGAUUGCAAAGGUGAAGUAAAACUUGCUAUUGCACUGUCUCCAAGACCAUUUCAAGCCCCACAGCACAAAACUAAAGGUCUCAAAUGGGGCUUAACAUUGGUGCAACGGUCUCGUUUCAGGACCCUAAACAAGCCUAUGAAAUAAUGGGUUGUGGAUUUGGAAGAAUGUGCUUUUGUGUGUGUGCGUGUACGUGUGUUUCCGAGAUACAAUGUAGCAUUUCAAAACUUGAUUUUAAGCUGUUCUUUUUAUUAAUAAACUGGGGUGACACAUACAGUAAUUAUGUGUGCCUGUUGAUUUUAACGCUGUCUCAGGCAAUGACAAGCGACUAUGCUGCAGCAGCGGCACAAUGUGUGUACUUCAAAUUACUUUAAGACAAACACAAUCAUAAACAUUGUCAAACCACAAUUUAAAGUGCCUUAGUGUUUUUAUAGAUACAUGUACGUAUAUUGUGUGUUAAUGUAUUGUUCUUGUUAUUAAAUAGCUAUCUUGCAUUCCAAGUGACUGCGUUUGACUAAAACAGGACACGGGCAUGUAGUUAAAUGCAGGGAUCCUUUAAAAUAUUGUUUCAUGGUUGAUAUUUUGAAGCAAACUAAAUUUCCCAAAUAGUCUUUGUUUUUACUUUAAAAUGCAUGUUUUCUAGCACUUCCUGUCUCAACCAAGCACAGACGCAAUGCCAACUUUCAGAAGCUAAAGCCUUGAAAACUUAAACGUCUUCAAAUUCUCAUUUAUGUUUGUGAGAUUCAACCAGAAAAGGCUUGUCGAGUUUAGUCGUUCAGUCCAAUGCUGAGCGUUUACCAAAACCAAUCUGAAAACAUAAAACCAUAUCUCACACUGAACUUAAAAGAUUUCACAGGUUAAUCAGAUACUGUAAAUAUAUACAAGCUAAUGUUGGUUUUGCUGUUCUCCUCCCAUUUGUUCUAGAAAACCUAGCUGCUGGUUGCUGGACCUUGUUACAUUAGCACAGAUCCAGACUAGCUGCUCCCCCCGUUCCAAGCCCUUAUGCUAAGCUAUGCUAACUGCCUGCAGGUGGACAUGAUCAUGAUACCGAUACCUUCUCAUUCAAACUCUCGAUUAAAGAGUAUUUUAGAAGCUUUUCAAAAUGGCAUGAUCAGUGGUUUCUUGUUUGUUGCUGUGUCUUGUUUGGGACUUCUGAAGAUCAGAUAAUGACUAACCCAAACCAAAGUCGUUAUUAGACUGAAAGAUUAUAUUCGAUUGUUGUGUUUUCUCUCUCUUGUGACGUACCUUAAGGCCCAAGUCCUUUGGACGGAUGGACUCGGUUGGUUUGUUUGGUGGAAUCAAUCCUUGUCUGCUCCAUUUUUUCGAUGUGCAAAUCCUUUGCUACGUUUACAUGGACAUUAGUAUUCUGAUUAUAAUCAGAGUCAUAGUUCAGUCUGAAUUAAAAUGCCUCAUUAACUUCCUCAGUCAGAACAGACUGGACCAGUUGAAAGGAAUUUCCAGUAGAAUUGAAAAGGAUUGCGUAACCACAUGUGCUAGAUGCUAAAUCUGAUCAUUUCUCUAAGAAAUUUCUGCACAUGUUUUGCAACAUGUGUGGUGAUGACCAAGUGAGUUUCUGGGACGAAUAGAAACAUGUAGAAACAAUGAAACGAAAAGAAACGAAGCCAGAGUUGGAGUGAGCAGUGGUCCGUCUUUGUCUUCUUCUCUUGAAUGAAUUCAAGGUUGUCAAUCUAGUUGGGGGGGAAGAAAAUUCUUCUGUCACAUUUGACGCUCCACGGUUGACAGGACCACUUUGCACAUGUCAUAAAAGGCAUUUGAAUCAGUCUUAUCGGAUCCUUUUUAUUUAGCAUCCGUGCAAACGGUUAAGCUGGAGUCUCUAAUCGGAAUUACAGUCAGGUUGAAGAGAUAUUGUCCAUGUAAAUGUAGCCAGUGACUACAACUACACAUUUCUCCUAAAAAUCCUGAAUAUUAAAGCACAGUUACUGUCCGUGGGACUUUUUAAAUAAAACAAUCUGACAAAGCAAUAUUUGUUUCUGAGACGAAAAACGUGUAACUGCAUUGUCUGUUAUUAAAAACAACAAAAGAGCAGGUCUGCUCUGAUGACUUUAUGUGAUGUUCUGUGACAAGUGUAAAGAUCAGUAAAACAAAUGUUGAACAAA